AUGAUGACUAGAGGGUUGGAGCAGACUGCUAUGGUCUCUGACUUUCUAACGACUUCCGGCUCUUGGAAUUUAUCACUAUUAGAGCAACACUUUAGUUUGGAUGAUCGGGAUAUUAUUGCUGGCAUCCCUUUGGGAUCAGUUUCACAGCGGGGUGAUAGUAGAUACUGGUUUUUCUCAAAGAACGGGAAAUAUUCCGUUAAUACGGGGUAUCGUGUGGCGAUAAGGCAGUGCGAUGAGGAUUUUGGAGUGGGGGGAUCAGAUCAGAGGGCUCAAGAAGGCUUCUGGAUGCGAAUUUGGAAGCUGGCUAUCCCCAACAAAAUUAAAAUGCUGCUAUGGCGGGCAUGCAUGGAAAUUUUACCUACUGCAGUCAAUUUGGUUAACAGAAGGGUUCGUUGGUUGAAACCAAGGGUCAAUGCUCUUCUCCUUAACUGUGAUGGGGUUGUGGGAAGUGGGCAAGGUGAUCGAGGUCUAAGGGGAUGUUGUCGUGAUCACAAUGGAAAUUUUAUCUGUGGUUUCACAGCUGCUGGUCCAUCUGGUCUGGAUGUUUUGGGCACGGAGUUGGUGGCGGUCCGGGAAGGUUUGUUGAUGAUGGGAUACAUGGGUUUUUCUCAUUUUACCAUUGGGCUUGACUCUCAGGAAGCUGUUUCGUUUCUUAAAGAUGGGGGGGACUGGUGGGGUAAUGUUGGGAAUGUGGUGGAGGAUGUUCGUUCUUUAAUGGUUGAUUGA